AUGGGCGGCCAGGGCAGUCGCCAUGCCCUUGCAGGGGGCUCAAACUUAUCCAAGGAGAAUUUAAAGCAGUACCUGAAAAGGUUCGAUGGAGAUGAGGUCGAAGUGCUCAAGAAGGUGUACAAAAGCCUGGCUCUAAGGAGCGAGACUCCCGGGAUUGACAAGGAGACUUUCCUAAGAUACUUCCCGUUGCCAGGACUAUGGGGAGAGCGACUUUUUCAGAAAUUUGACUACAAAGGAACGGGCAGCGUGGAUCUCGAGGAGUUCCUAAUUGGAAUUGCCGUCUGCUGCCGAGGCACCAAGAGCGACCGAAUGUUUGUUUUGUUUCAGGUGUUUGACUUGAAUAAUGACGGAUAUAUUCAGAAGAGUGAGCUGAUUGCGAUGCUCUCGAACUUGCCCAAUCUGGAGAACUACAUUACUGCGCGGCAGCCCGACACGGCAGCAGAAGAGCAGCCGCAAGGCCAGGGGCCGUCUUCGUCGACUGCAUCGGAGUUUUCGCCGCAACAGCAGCAGCAGCAGCAGCAGCAGCAGCACGACACCAGCUGGGCUCAAGUCUCGAGCAGGGAAGUCCUCGAUCCUGUCGAUGAGGAGUCGGAUAGCAGCGAGGUGUCCACGCUUUCUGACCUCUUCGUUUAUGCCCCUCUGACGUGCCCUGCAACAGCGGCAGCAACGGCGGUGGUGUCGUCAACAAGCUGCGUGGGGAGCAACAGCACGAGCGGCGCAUGCAAAGCCUCCGAAGUCGAAAGAGCUGUGUCUGCACCUACAGUUGUUACCGCUGCACCUCUUUUGAGCGCUGCAGGCUGCAGCAUCUCGCUGACACUCUCGGAGUCGGGUGCUGCCCAACAGCAGGAAAUCCAGCCGCAGCAGCAGCAGCAGCAGGCGGAAGCGGGGUGUGUCGAAGGCAGUAACGAGUCUGGCGCAGCGGGAGAGAGCGAAGGUGCUCUUUUGGGGGCCCCCUCCGCGAGCAGCACAGCCAAAAAGAACCCCUCUCCCGUAGCGCAGCUUCUCAUCGACAUGGAAAAGGAGCAGCAGCAGGAAACGAGCCAAAAGCCCUCGGUCGACGUGGAGUGCGUUGUUGACAAGAUCAUCGAGGAAUGCGAAUUCGUCGAACACGGACGCUUGUCGUUCCCCGAAUUCAAGACGUGGCUAGAGCAUCACCCAGGCAUUCUCUCAAUGUUUACUGCAUGCCUCCACGAGGAGGUGUGGGGCCUACAGGGAAAUGCUCUGUACAGAUCUGCAUCAGGCCUGAGAUCGAGCAAGGGGGCGUCGAAGCCAGGCUCUGGGGAGUUUAAGGACUUUAAGGGAACACGGCACACCGAGAUUCGACAAGACCAGCUUUACAAGGUGCGGCGUCUCUUCACGGGUCACCAUGGAGGUGUUUCUCUGCAGUCUCGCGUCAUUUCUCCGACAAGCCGAGAAGCUGUAGGCUCCAAGACAAAGUUGUCGGGAGGGCAGGGAUCGCUCCUGACUGCUGGAUCUCCUCCCGCUGGACAGUCGAGCUCGGGGGGGUCCCUUACGCCUGUGCAGGAUAGUGGUACGGUUGUUGCAGUGGCACCAGCGAGUGCAGCAGCAGCGACAACGACAGCAACUCCCGCGAAAGCUGGAAUGGCGGAGGAGGCUUCAGUAGUACCUACAGCUGCGGCAUCUGCAGCAAGACCUCCUGAAGUGCCAGCUGCUCCUGUCUCAGCCGCGGCAGCAGCUGAAGAAGGCGAAGAGGACAUGGCGCAAGCGAUCGCUCUCCCCACAGCUUCUCGUGAUCCUGCUCCGGGGUGCAAACUAGGAGAGAAAGGAGCAGCAGGAGCUCCAAGCGCAGUAGCGCCGGCAUCGGGAGACAGCAUGACCAGCAGCUGCCGUCUGCCGUCUUUGAAGGUCUGUGACUUCGACAGAUCUCUAAGGCCUGAUCUCGACGUACAUCUUCUGCUUAAAGGCCAGCCAACUCCGUUGCACCCGCGGCAACAGCAGCACCAGUACCAGCAGCAGCAGCAGCAGCACCAGCUCCUGCAUCAGGGGGAAGGCGGCGCCGACAGCCCUGCGUAUGUCGCUGACUGUGGAGCAGAGUUGGGCACUCUUCCAUCUGUGGCCUCGCUUUCAGGAACCUUAGGCUCUCUCAUCAGGGAGCAUGCAGCUAAGGAAGCAGGGGGAGGAGCAGCAGAAGCAGCGGCUACCGGAGAACAAGAUUUGCAUUCGUGCCCUAACUGCCAUCGGCCUCUACUCCUCUGCCCCUCCUGCCUUGGGAGGUCCUUGCAGCUGAACCUUUUGCAGGGAAGAGUCGUGCUUGAGUGCGGCAACUGCAGUAUCCAGGCAGAAGCAUCCAGUUCGGCCUCUUCGCCGGCAGCAGCAGUGAGCAGCAACAGCAGCAGCAGCAGCAGCAGCAGCAGCGCUGGAGUCGCGCAUCGGGGGAUCUACACGCAUUGCUGGGAAUGCCAGUGGGAUUUUAGCAGGAGUGCAGAACUUCUUUCCAUGAGCGAGGCGGCGAUGGACGGCGUCUUGCUGAAGAAAGGGAAGCACCUGCAUCAGUGGCAACCCCGCUUUUACGUCCUCAUUGGCAACAUGUUGUAUUACUACAAGAAAAAGGGGGACGCAAAGCCUCGAGGGUUCAUGUUUCUGGAGGGCUGCUUUGUGGAAACUCUUACAGAUGCCGGAGCGUUAAGGCCUUACGGCUUCGCCAUUGUGCAUCCCAGAGGAGACUCUGUGGUUAGGCGUGUUCUGUUUGCGCAGUCAGCAAAGGAGCAGCAAGAGUGGGUGGAGGCUCUGCGAGCGUCUACGCGCCAGCAGUCGCUUGAGCACACGUAUGACAUUCAGGAGCAGCUCGGACAGGGAAAAUUCAGCGUGGUGUAUAGGGGGGUACACAUCAAGACGAAGGAACAAUACGCCAUCAAAGUGAUCGAAAAAGGGAAGAUCAACAGACACGAGAGAGAGCUGCUCAGGAGCGAGAUGGUCAUUCUGAGACUUCUUAACCACCCCAACGUCAUUCGGCUAAAGGAAAUGGUCGACACCAAGGAGACGCUCUACAUCGUUAUGGAGCUGGUGCGAGGUGGCGAACUCUUUGAUUUGAUUCAUGCGAAUCACCACCUUCCUGAAGUGCAUGUUAACAGAUAUGUUGCCCCCGAGGUUUUAAGUCUGGAGGGGUAUAACCAGCAGGCGGAUCUCUGGUCGAUCGGCGUCAUCACGUACUUGCUCUUGCGGGGCAGACUCCCCUUCCCCAUCAAUAAACAUUUGGGGUCACCCCACUUCCACCAGACUUACCCUCUGACGUUUGACGGCCCCUUGUGGCGUCCGAUCAGCAGCAGCGCUAAGGAUCUGAUCCGUAGAAUGCUUACUCCAAACCCCAGACAGCGCAUUACCGUGGAGGAGGCGCUGCAGCACAUUUGGAUUAAAAACCCCACGGCUGUCAUCAAUGAGGCCAACAAGACGGAUCCAUUCGACCACAUCAAUCCCUCCGUACAGCCCAUCGACCCGCGAGCGCUUGCAGCAGCAGACGGCGCCUCUACCUUCACGAUUCCAAACGCGCAUAACAGACUGGCGCAACAGCGAGCUCAGCAGCAACAAGCAAAAGCCACCGGGGCACCUGCAGCAGGAUCUGCUGCCGCAGCAACGGCUCCGACUCCCAGUCCCCCGCCUGCCGCUCUCAAGGCAUCAGCCGAUUCGCAUGAAAAGGACCUAUCAGGAUCUGCACCGGCAGAGGCAGCGAAGGCUCCCGCAGGAGCAGCAGCUGCUCCAGCCGCUCAAGGAGGAGCGCCUCCGUCUAGCGCUGCUACCACUACGGUGCCUCAGGCCGCAGCCCAAGCAGUGGCAGUCCCCGUCGCAACGCCAGAAGCGGCAAAGGCUUCUGGUGCGGCGGCUGCUUCACCAUCAGCAGACGAAAGCAGCAAGCCAAAACAGCUUCCAGUAAGCCAGCCGCAUGCUGCGGCAGCAGCAACGGCAGCUGGCAGUGCUGGAGAGCCACACGACACUCCCGCCGAGCGGCACCCCCCCGCAACAGCCGCAGACCCUGCCGCUGUUGCAGCGGAGACGGCUGCUACUGCUAAGGAGACGGCGAAGGCAGCAGCUGCAGCAGCACACUCUGCUGCAGCGGUGGCACAGGCGGCCGCUGCCGCUGCUGCUCUGCAUGCUGCAGCGACGGACGAGGCGUUUGCAGCAGUGCAGCGGGGACCCAGCGCCGAUUGUGGGGGGCGGAGGCCUAAUGCGAUUGAGCAGCAGCAGCAACAGCAGCAGCAGCAACAGCAACAGCAACAGCAGCAGCAGCAACAGCAACAGCAG